AUGAAGACGUAAUCAAUGGUGAUAUAUUAAUUUAUUUCGCAUUAUCAAAUUAAUGCAAUUUAGGAAUCAGCAUUUAAUCCUUAAUUGAAAUCGUAGAAUCAUUCCAAACCAAUUAAUUGAUUGGCAAUAUAGUAAAAUCAAUAUAUUACGAUUUACAAGACAUAGCUAUUUUUAUAAUAAAAGAUGUAAAGUCGCUUAUCGAAAAUUAAAAUGAUAAUAAAUAGAACAAAUUGCAUAUUCUUGAAUUAUAUAAAGAAGUAAAUACUCAUUUUAAUAUAAUAGUGCUAGGCUCUUUAAAAGA